GCGAAUUUGCACCUUGGUCUCGGCGACUGUUUAUUUAUUUGCAAAAUAAAUCGGACGUAUCACUCGUUUUGUGCUAUUUAUAUACAGAAACAACUCAUACAGAUACUAAAAAUAACUUUACCAACACUCUGUGGUGUUACACACACAGUAUAAAACAGUAAAUACGUUUUAUUUCAUCAAAAUGCGUUACAUAUUUCUUGCAACUAUUUUUAGUGUUGUUUUUGCCUAUGAAAAAGAUAUGACUAUAAUUGUACAGCCUGGGAAAAUAGAUUGUUUCUUUCAUAAAGUCGUGACGGACGAAAUCAUAGACAUCGAGUACCAGGUGAUAGACUCGACACACGGCGACUUAGACAUAUCGUUCCAAAUGUCGGACCCUGGUGGGCGCAUGAUAGUGGCUGACUACAAGAAGCCGGAGAACUCACACAGGCACACUGCGACACAAGAUGGCGACUACAGAUUCUGUUUCGAUAACAGUUUCAGCACUUUUAGUAAGAAAACUGUAUUCUUCGACAUGCUGAUAGAGGGAGAGGAUCCAGAAGAAAGGGAUUAUGAUGAUGACAAGGAGAUGGAACUUGGUAACGCAGCAGAAACAUACAUGAUGCGAGUUCGAGAUAUAUCCGAGUCAGUGACUCGAGUUAAAGACAAAGUGUCCACAGCGCGGCGGUUGCAAGAGCUGCACUCGGCGCACGAGGCCAGAGAUCGGAACCUGGCUGAGGAUAUGUGUUCUAGGGUAUUAAAAUGGUCGAUAGGCCACGUUGUGCUAAUGCUACUAGUAGGAAUUACACAGGUAAUAUUUGUAAAGAGUCUGUUCGAAGAUACGAGAAAUUAUAGAAAAUUAGUUCCUGGAUUCUCGUCAUGAUGGCUGCAGUGAUGAUCUCGCUAUCAUAGCCAUGAUCGUCCCACUGCAGGGCGAAGGCCUCCCUACCCUUCCACUCCUCUCUAUGUAAAUCUUUUUGCGGCCAACCCUUGUCAUACAUGUCCAAUUCGUCCCGCCAUCUCCUUUUGGGCCUGCCCCGACGUCUACUGACGUUGAGUGUGCUCCACUCAGUAGUAAGUUUUGCUCACCGCUCAUCUGACAUGCGGCAGACAUGACCAGCCCAGUUCCACUUCAAGCCUGCGGCUUUAUGGUCAACAUCAACGAUUUUAGUCGUGGAGCGCAACGGGGUGUUCCUAAUUCUGUCCGAUAGUCGAACUCCUAAGAUACUGCGCUCCAUGGCCCGCAUAAUGUAACUAUAAAUAACCCACAAAAAGUAUAUUAACUGAAAAUCGUGGGUUACUCACGUGUAUACUGAGAAAAGCUCUACUAGUUUCGAACCACAGAGGGGUUCUUCCUCAUGAGCAGCGUGCGAUGUCGCGGAGCCUAAAGCAGUAGGCUUUUCUCAGUAUAUUCACGUGAGUAACCCUUUAUUUUUAUUUAAUUUAGUAUGUCUCACGAUAGUUAUUAUAAAAAGAGUAUUUAUUUAAAAAAUCUUGGCAUAAUUUUAAUAUAAAUUAUUUAACUAGACAUAAUGGCUGCUAAAUAGGUUUAUAUUUUUACUUACAUAUCUAUGCACAAAUGUUAUGCGUAGAAAUUAAAUUAAUUAUUAUGUUUUUGGUUUACUUGCGUAGCUGUUGGACGAGGAACUCGACUAGUUUCGAAUGCUGAGACCUUAAUCGAACCCAGUAAUCGAAAUCGCCUCUAGUAUGGCUUGAAACUAGUCGAGUUCCUCGUCACACGACGUGCGUAAGCCGGAAUAAGUAUUAUAGCAAAACCAGUAGAAAUGCGUUGACCUACACAAGAAAUGAGGGAGAUACGAUAUAUUUUCUAAGUGGUAGAUAGAUAUGCACAAAUUACAUAACAUAACAUCACGCCUUUUUAUCCCCGAAGGGGUAGGCAGAGGUGCACAUUACGGCACUUAA